GCUUGAUUCUCACAAAUUUGACGUUCGAUGCAGCAUCGUUUGCUAGCUAUGUUGGCGAGUCAUGUUUCUGAUUUGUUGGGAAGAAUAUAUAUUUUGAGCUUUGUACUAUCAAUUUUCACGAAUGUGAAUGCUGCUUAUGGGAAAGCAUUUAACGUUGUGGAUUAUGGAGCGAUUGGUGAUGGAAAGUCAAAUGAUACCUGGGCAUUUGAGAAAGCUUGGACUGCAAUCUGCAACGCAUGGAAAGACACACCAACCAUGGUUAUUCCAAAGGGAAAGACAUUUCUGGUGUAUCCUAUAACCUUCGCUGGUCCUUGCAAGUCCAGUAACAUCAACAUCAAACUAUCAGGAGUAGUUAAGGCUCCAGAGGAUUUUCGUGCAUGGGAAGCAACCAAGAUGGGAGAAUGGCUGGUUUUUGAUGGCGUUUCAGGGCUCAAUAUCACUGGCAAUGGCCUCAUUGAAGGAAAUGGAAAGAGCUGGUGGGAUAAUUCAUGCAAACUUAAUCCCAAAAAGGGCUGCACAAAACUGGCACCUACUGCAUUAGGGUUUAGAAGUUGCAACGAUGUGCGAAUGAGUAGAAUUAAUGUUAUGCGGAGUCCUCAAACCCAUAUACUUGUACUUGGUUGUAAAAAUGUUGGCUUCAGUUUCCUGGUGAUACAAUCUCCAGGAAGUAGCCCCAAUACUGAUGGAAUUCACGUUUCAGAUUCCCUCAAUGUAACCGUCAGGUCCUCCAUUAUUGGCACUGGUGAUGACUGCAUCUCGAUCGGAGAUUUGGUUUCAAAUAUUAAAGUCAAAUAUGUGAACUGUGGACCUGGUCAUGGUAUAAGCAUUGGAAGCUUAGGUGGUGGUGGAAAUGAAGUACGAGUAGAAUACAUCACUGUGAGAAAUGUUGCAUUCGACGGGACUAGCAAUGGAGCCCGGAUCAAGACUUGGCAAGUGGGAGAAGGUAAGGUUCAACAUGUUGAAUUUUCGAAUCUAACGUUCGUGAAUGUGGAGAAUCCAAUAAUCAUUGACCAGUAUUACUGCCAAGUCAAAGGUGGCUGUAGAGGCACGAAAACUGGAGUUCAUAUAGACGACGUGCGAUUUACCCAUGCGACGGGGACAACAGCCACCGAUGUGGCCAUCAAUCUUAAUUGCAGCAGCAAUGUUCCUUGUACCAACAUCUACUUAGAGGACAUUCAACUGCAAUCAACAACUAAAGGAAAACCUGUCUUUGCUAGCUGCAGCAAUGCUUAUGGAUCCCAUAAAGGAAUUGUUGAACCUAAAUCAUGUGUUUGA